CACUGCGCAGGUCACUUGAACGUGCUUAUGAUCUGCGGUUUGAAAAUGGCAUGCCUGCUCUCACGCACCAGGUUUCCUUUUUUCUUUUUGCUCAAGUGCGUCUAGACAGGGGACGGAGAGUCGGUAGAUGGCAGUCGUGUCCCUUCUGCGCUAGACAGGAAGAAGCAGCGCAUCAAACACUCACACUUAGUACCCAGGCUAUACACAAUCACACACGCACAUGUGUGCGUCAAACAGGCUUUAUACAGACCUGUCCGAACGCGCGCACACCCCCAUCAUCAUAUAAUCUAUAGCGUUCAGGGUUAUUGCACUCGACCAAUCAUUCGUACGAUGGAAAAAGAUUAUAGGACCAUUGACUUUUACGCAUCCAAGAAGACGCCAGUGAGGACAGUCAGAAGAGUGAGACUUUGGGCUGAGGGCUACAUCAAUACGUGUUAGAAGAUUCUUGGUGUCACCAGCGGAGUGCGCUGAGCCGAUGCCCACCGAGAGCCGCGCGUCAUUGGACACGUCCACUUCACACUAGAACUUCAUUCACCGGAGAGAUCUCGACGUAUUCGACGAGUCUCACCUCUUUAGAUGCUCCUGCUCGCGGAGUGACUCACUUGUAGCUGCUCUCCGAUCGUAAUACGAGUGAGCGCAGCAUCAUUCGCGUGGAUUUUCCGUCGCGUCAGUGGAUUGCUUUUCGUCGGAGUUGAGGUGAACUGUAUUGAGUGUCUGGCGGGAUGUAGCUUUUGAUGAAUACCUCGUCUCUGACAAGUUUAUGCGCAUCUGAAAAGGAACUACGACAGUAGGCUAUAUUAACCAACCAACCAACUAAGAAAGGGAUGAUUUGACUCACAUUUGGCGCAUUUUCAUCCACUUUCCUGAAGAGAAAAAGAAACUCGGAAGAUUGUGUCCAUUUUUUCCUUUCCAGAUGAUGCUGGGUUUCUUGGAUAUGAUGUGAUACACGAAUAUUUGCAUGAGGCUUUCUCUCGCAAGGCAUCCCGAAGGACAUAAUCACAUUUCAAGGAAAUAAGCAUCUUGAAAUCCGCACUGGGCUGUGAGUAGAAAUCUAAUCAGAUCGCUUGCGUAAAGGGUGAAGAAAAGUUCCGUUUUGAAAACCAUGACUGUGGAAUAAGAGCAUCAGCUGUCUGGGCUGUUGAAGAUUGAGAUGAAGAAGAUGCAGGGAAUGGUCCAUCUCAGGGAUAAAACCCAUCUAUGCGUAUUUGCUGUAUGUGAAAACCCAAAUCUGUAGUGCUGAACGCCAAGAAUGACACGCAGAACCAGGGAGACGACGAAUUAAUUGAUUUAUCAGCAGGAAAAGACUUGGUACACCGGAUUUUGAUGAUGCAGGGCAAGAAAGCAUCGAGAUAUUUGCUCUAGAGGCACUCGACCAUAUGAUGGCAUUGACAGGAAGACCGAAUGGAUAUACGGGAGCGAAUUUCUUCUCAUAGAAGCUUGUGAAACUGCUCUUGGAUAGCUUGGAUAGUCCAAAGUACACGCUGAAGAACAUUUCAUUCGCACCGCGCUACGUUCCUUGAGAAUUGCGGAUUGAUUUGCGUGCUUUGGACGCGAACGGAAGGGUGAUUUGAAGCUCACUGAUUGAGAAAGGCGAAGCCAGCUAGCGAAACCGAGCGUGAAGAUGUCCAGAAACUGCUGGCACUGUGGAAGACUUGGCAGUUUGGCCUAAUAUAACCCUUCCCAAAGAGUGGAGAACCUGUCAGCGAAUUAUGAAUGAUAAACAAGAUGACCUCCUCCCUGAUGCAGCAGACGAUGAGAGGUCCUAGGUGGAACCGGGCCCUGUCCGACCCAUUGUUCGUGCUGUCACUGGCCCUGCAGCUUCUGGUGGUGGCUGGCCUAGUGCGAGCGCAGACCUGCCCCUCCGUCUGCUCUUGUAGCAACCAGUUCAGCAAGGUCAUCUGUACACGGCGUUCCCUUCGAGAUGUACCUGAUGGUAUUUCCACCAACACAAGGUACCUGAACCUUCAGGAGAACCUCAUCCAGGUGAUUAGGGUUGACAGCUUCAAGCAUUUGAGGCACCUGGAGAUCCUGCAGCUCAGCAAAAACCACAUCCGCACCAUUGAAAUCGGAGCUUUCAACGGGCUGGCCAACCUCAACACUCUGGAACUCUUCGAUAAUCGUUUGACCACAAUCCCCAAUGGGGCUUUCGAGUACCUGUCCAAACUUAAGGAGCUUUGGUUGAGGAAUAACCCUAUCGAGAGUAUACCCUCGUAUGCCUUCAACCGCGUACCAUCGCUGCGAAGGCUGGACUUGGGCGAGCUGAAAAGGCUCACUUAUAUUUCAGAAGGUGCCUUUGAAGGCCUCAGCAACCUGCGGUACCUGAACCUGGGCAUGUGCAACUUGAAGGAGAUCCCCAACCUUAUUCCUCUUGUUCGUUUGGAUGAGUUGGAGAUGUCAGGAAACCAGCUCUCUGUGAUUAGGCCAGGGUCUUUCAAAGGCCUUGUCCACUUACAGAAACUGUGGAUGAUGCAUGCACAGAUCCAGACUAUCGAGAGAAAUGCCUUUGAUGAUCUUCAGUCCCUUGUGGAGCUCAAUUUGGCCCACAAUAACCUUACCCUCCUGCCUCAUGACCUCUUCACCCCACUACACCACGUUGAGAGGGUACAUUUGCACCACAACCCCUGGAACUGCAACUGUGACAUCCUCUGGCUCAGUUGGUGGCUAAAGGAAAUGGUGCCGGCCAAUACCAGUUGCUGUGCCCGCUGUGCGUCACCUACCAGCCACAAAGGGCGCUACAUCGGCGAACUUGACCAGAACUAUUUCCACUGUUAUGCACCGGUGAUCGUGGAGCCCCCGGCGGACCUGAACGUGACUGAGGGAAUGGCAGCAGAACUGAAAUGUCGAGCGAAUUCUUUGACCUCGGUCAGCUGGAUCACGCCCAAUGGGUCCAUCAUGACGCACGGGGCAUACAAGAUACGCAUUUCCGUGCUCAACGACGGGACGUUAAACUUUACCAAUGUCACGAUGCAGGACACUGGAACAUACACUUGUAUGGUGAGCAACUCCGCAGGCAACACAACAGCCUCCGCUACUCUUAAUGUGUCUUCGACAGAGAACAGCAGCUUCAGUUACUUCACUACAGUUACCGUCGAGACCACAGAAUCGUCACAUGAUGAGGGCCACCCAACAGUACAGCAGAAAGGCGCCCCAACUCCUUCUUCUGGAAUUUGGGAGACUUUACCACCUUCCUUCACCACCACCACCACCACCACCACCACAGCACGGACGCCACUGUCCACCAAGGCCACCGAUAAGACCUACACCAUCCCUGUCACGGCCCUGAUCGACGGUUCCCUCAACACCUUGGAUGAGGUCAUGAAGACCACUAAGAUCAUCAUCGGUUGCUUUGUGGCCAUAACGCUGAUGGCGGCCGUCAUGCUGAUCAUCUUUUAUAAAAUGCGCAAACAGCACCACCAGCAAAACCACAACGCACCGACACGAAGCAUUGAGAUUAUCAAUGUAGAUGAGGAUUGCGUGACGGGUGGACCUACCAUGGAGGGCCACCUCUCCCUUCCCCCACUGGAGCAUGAGCACCUGAAUCAUUACACUGCUUACAAGACUGUGUACAAUCACGCCUCCACCAUCAAUUCUAUACACAGCUCCGCCCACGAACCUUUGCUAAUUCGGGCCAGCUCAAAAGACAAUGUACAAGAAACCCAGAUCUGAACUGCUUUUCAUAAUGGGGAUUAAACGAAGAAAAAAAAGACCUCUAAAACUCUUAAGGAACAGUAUGUGACAUAUCGAUUUUGAAGAUUGUCGAAACAAAGACAGUAGACUGAUGCAAGACGUAUAAGAAGGAUGUUGACAGGUACAAAAGGACUUUGGGAGUUGAGUGUACGUCAACCGUUUCAAAAGUGUCUUUACAUAACAGAAGUUAUUUAUUUAAGGAAAAUAACUAUUGUGGUUUAAUCGAGAAAAGAUGUAAUCAGCAAUUAUUUUUCCAGCAAUUAUUUCUCCAUGUUUUUGAAUGUUAUUUUAAGAGUUGUUGGUUUACUAAUUUGCUUUUAAACUCUGUUCUAAAUGUAAGAACCCAAUUCAAAGUCAUUUGCAGUUGAAUCUGAAACCUUUCCAUCUGUCUGAAACUUUAAGAUUCACAUUUAGUGUCAAUACUUUUAAAAUAUUAGGUUAUAGAUUGUCAUAUUAGAAAACUUUCCACCCUAUUACUGUUUAAAAUGAUCUUGUUAAUUCUUUUUUUGACUCCCCUUAAUUAACGACAUUUAACCAAAUCACAUUAUUCAGUUACUCUUGCUGAAAAUUGGGCUUUUUAAACCAGAUUAAGCAGGUUUGCUGGUCAUAGUUGGUAUCUCAGCCUGGUCAGGCUCAUCUGUUUGGCUGGUUUUAGAACGGUUUUGGACACUUUUUACAUUGUAGAUGAGCUUAAACCAGCUAAUUUUUCAGCAGGGAUGACUGCUACAAAUUAUACGCAGAUGUAUACCUGGCCUAAAAUUUAGAACAAAUAGCCCUGGAAACAUGUCCCCAUUUAAAACCGGGCCAAAUGUCAGGAACACAUAUCUAUUUGAUGCAUGCAGGGCAAUUAAUUUCAAAUUGUUUCUGUGCUCGGACCAGAAGAUUUAUGGAUUAAGUUAGCAUUCGGGGUCUACCCACUUGCUCUUAAAUGCAUUUUAAGGUAUCUCCUGCUUAAAAUAAGUUUCACGUUAUUAAACUGUUUUCUUCAUCUUCUUUAUCAUAGUAAACAACAUUGUGAGUUCCUGUGGCAGUUCACCCUUGAUACCCUACUAAAGUUUCCCAAUACUCAUACAUAGAUUCAGCACACUCAUUCUAUGCCAAAUGCUACAUGGGCAGGAGGCCGAAGACUGUAGGCCUUUAUUCAAAGGUUGACCGAGUAGAAAUGUGGAGAAAGUAUGGAAAAUUUACUGAUGUAGCACCAUUUCCAUUUCAAUCCAUUUUUUAUUGGUGCUGUCCAUGGAUACAGUUGAAUGAAUUCAUUCUGGGAUAAUCUAAAAGCCAGACAUAGAACCCUAAACAAGAGGGCAAAGUCAGUGGCGCUCAAAUCUAAGGCUUCCAAAGAUGCCACAGGUUUGUCUUUAUAGAUUCAGUAAACCGACUGUGUUAUUUUUUCCGUCCAUAUUCCAUCUAUCGCUGUCAAUCUUUGUAUAGGCAGUUAUGCAAUUCUUUUUAAACAUGUUCAAUCACUUUUAUUUAAUUUUUUUCGUCACAGACCGAGAAUUAUACAUUCAUAUUUGGCUUUAGACCUACUCUAGCCUUUGGCUGCAGAGGUGGAUGACUUGAGAUUAUGCAUUAAUUUAUGAAAAUCAGAAUGGCCUAAGAUGGUCACUAUAGAAACCAAUGACCUUGGACAGGGUGGGUGGGGGGCGGUGAGUAGACAUUGGUUUGACACUGUAAAUGCAUUCAGAGUCAAACUGGAGAGCGAGGCGGGGUGAUGGGACCAAAGUGGACUCAUCUGAAGUGCAUCAUUUAAUCUAUAAAGCAAUCUUGAGGGCUAUAGGUAAUUUGAAGUAAACCAAUAAACCUGUGACAUUUUAUUCAGAUUCGUAGUGUUUCGUUUUGGCCAUUCAUAAUUAAUGCAAAUCGCACAGGAAGAUUUUUCUCUUGCUUUUCUGUUCUUAAUAUAGAUGCUGAAUGAUACCAUGUGACAUUUGGUGUACAUUUUAGUAUCAUAUUUUGUUCACAUACCAGAUGCACUCUGAUUUGAAAAUAUCUAAUGCAAUUAUUCUGGUCAGCUUUGCUAUUUCAGUUUCAUUCCAAAAAAGUUUUUGAGAGUACCUCCUGCCCAUUAGAAGCAUAGGCCAUCUGGUACAUGUCCUCAUCAAGAUAUCCAAGCGUGCAAAAAAAAAAGACUGUUCUUCGUCUGAAUAUGCUGCUUUUUCAAAUCUCAAAUCACUUUGUUUUUCUGAUUUUAUUUUGUGUUGUCACUGAAAUUGGGGUCAAUCCGUUCAUUACAGUGAAAUAAGAUCCUUAUUGUCUAUGAAGUUUAGCACAAAAGUAAACCAAGUCAUUGAGUUGAGUGUUGCUUUCAGUUGCAUUUUUAUUUGAUUGGUUUCAGGAUUUGGAUCAUUGUCUUAAAUUGCCAAUUUUUGGAAAACUUUUUUUUUUUUUUUCCGUAUGUUUGUUAUAUCCCAUCAUGUGAACACAUCUGUGUUUUGGGUUUCGGUUAAGGAGGGAACGAGAUGCUUUUCUCUCCGUUCCACGUAACUUCUUUCUUUUCGUCUCUGAGAGGGAAUGCUGUUCUAGUGGUAGAUUUCUAUAAAAAUACAUUUUGAAAAUAAAAACAAAAAAAACAAAACAAAAACUUUUUAAAUUUUAAUUUUACAUGUGCCAACCUGUUCUAAAAGAUUUAACAACAAAAAAAAGAGAGCGAGAUAUGCUGUAAAAGACGACUGGAUUGAUUUUCAUGUAAACAUUAUUUCAUGACCUUUAAAAAAAAAAAAAAAAAAGAUGGAGUUCGAUUAUAGAAAUCAGAGUUUGUAGUUCAUACACAAGAUAAGGUUACAAAUAAACUAUCAUUGUCUUUUC